UGGACGUGCAACAUGACUCAGGCCGUCGCUGUCCUGUCCGCGAUUCCUAGGUUAUCUUACCACCUGCGCUCGCGGUUGCCGAAUCUGCGCAUUUCGGACGUAUCACCAGGACAAGCUGAUACUUUAUCUAAACUUAAUGCGGCAGAAAUAUUAGUAGCCGACUGUGAUUUAUUAAUACCUUAUGCAAACAAUUUGACAUCAGUCAAAUGGAUACAGGCGACUUGGGCUGGCUUGGAUAAAUUCAUUCCACAUGUGCGAAGCACGCGAAGAGAUUAUGUGUUGACUCGUUUCUCAGACGAGUCUUUUGGCCUAGCCAUGUCCGAAUAUGUGAUAGCGCAAAUUGUCAACCAUGAACGUGAUCAGAAACAACAAUAUGAGAAUCAAAAGCUUGCUGAAUGGAAACAAGAUGGCAAAUUGGUGAAUUAUAGACUUAUACGUGAUUUAACCAUAGGUAUCUUAGGAGUAGGAACAAUAGGAAAGUUGGUCGCGGAGAAGCUAAAGCUAUUUGGCGCAACUAUCUGGGGAAUGACGCGUACCGUUCCGAAUGAGAAAUUACCAUAUCUUGAUGAACAGAGAACCGUAGAUAGUUUGCUGGACAUUCUGGAAAAUUGCGAUUACAUCAUUAAUGUGUUACCAUCAACUCAAAACACGAUAGGACUUUUAAAUGACAACGUCUUGGAACAUUGCAAAGACAAAAAUACAGUUUUUAUUAACGUAGGUCGCGGAUCCGUUAUUAGAGAAGUAGACUUGAUAAAUGCUCUUGAGCAGAAGUGGAUUUCAGCUGCUAUUUUGGAUGUAUUUGAAAAAGAGCCGUUGCCAAAGGAGAGCAAAUUAUGGAACCUUCCACAAGUAACAAUCUCACCACAUAAUUCAGCUGUAACAAUGAGUCACGAUGUUGCAAAGCUAUUCGCCGCGAAUUAUGUUAGAUAUAUAAACGGAGAAAGCAUGAUAAAUGUAUUUGAUUUUAAUAAAGGCUAUUAA